AUGUGCCAGAACUGGGGUCUUGUCGACAUCCACAACGGUGUUCUCUGUCUCGAAUGCGACCACCUCGCCACGUUCCAAGCCGGCGGGCAGAUGUGUAGAGGCACCAUCAAUUGGAAUAAACGGCCGCUGAAGAUCAUAAUGUUGCCAUUUCCAUAUCCGGACGUGACAUAUCCCCCCAAGUCGCAGGAAGUCUUUUCUCUUGCUUGCGCGGACGGCGCGGCUCUGGGCGAAAUCCGCGAUGAGCACUGUACAGCAUUCAUCUGUAUCUACGACAGGGAACGAUUGAGGUUGACCCUGCACAGGGAAAUCAUCAACCCGUCUGUCUUCACCAGCAGAUGGAAGGAUCCUCACCAUUUCACCACGGAAUGGGCCAAUAUUUGGGGUCUAAGGAUAGAGACAGGCCAGGUCCAGAGCGCCCCAUUAGCCACGCCCAGCAUUUUCAGGGGUCAAACCUCUAAACCAUUAAAAAACGAGAACAGCUUUCCGUCCGGCAGCACUAGCCUUCGAAACGUGAAAACAGAGCACUUUGAAGAAGAUCAAGUUUAUGUUGGCGAAGAGGACCAGGCUCUUGUUAAAGAUGAAGACCAGGCUCUUGUAAAAGAUGAAGACCAGACUCUUGUAAAAGAUGAAGACCAGACUCUUGUUGGCGAAGAAAACCAUAUUUCAUUCCAUGAAGUAGAUCAUGUCCCUGUUGGCAGAGGGGACAAGGUUCUUGUUGACGAGGAAGACCACAUUUCAUUUCAUGAAGAAAAUCAGGUCUUUAUUGAUGAAGAAAGGGAGCAAGGGGAGGAGAAGAAGGAGGAGGAGGAAGGAUAUGAAGAGGACAGCCAUGAAGAAAGUUAUCAAAAGGGCUAUGAGGAAGAUUACGAAGAAGACGAGGAUGACCCUGAUGCGAAAGAGACUGAUUCAGACUAUGGGAAUGAGUUGUACGAUCUCGAUGAUAUGAAAUCUUGCCUUAAGGAACCGCCAAUACAACGCCUAGGUGUGCCCGGAUCCCCCGCCGCUUCUUACGUGGUGAGCUGGGGCAGCAGCGCGGCGGUCAACGUUGCCUACACAAUGUAUCGUUCAGGGUUCCUGUUCAAUUUGAGUCCCUCAGCUGGUGGUCUUUUCUCAGGGCACGAGGCUUCAUCAGGCCGGUGGAAGAGUGACAACUUUAUCGGUAAGGUCUAUACUUAUAUGUACCGGAAACCUCUGGUUCGUUUUACGGUGUCUACGAUCCUUAAGCUUGCGGAGAAGUGUGGUAUUAGCGGACACGUAGCCGCCAUGCGAUGGAUAGCAUUCUAUGGUAACUUGGAUGUAGCAUAUGGCGAUGCGAUUAUCUUUGGUGUUUUUAAGGUGGAGCAACUCUACUCGAUACUUAAUACACUUGAAGCUGGUCUUCUUCCCGAGGAUCUGGCGGCUGCUAUUACUGCUGUCUACUCUAUAAUGCAGGGUGCCGAGCCUCCUUAUCACCUCUAG